AUGGACGGUGAUCCGAGGGUCGAGCCGCAGCUCGACUCCUUUAGCUUGACGUUUCCGCUGCCGUACCGAGUCGGCUUCAUCGUGACACUCGCUGUCUGGGGCUGGGGCCUUAACCUCCACGGCCUGCAGCUCUCCCGCAUCGACGUCCCUUCGCUGAUACGAUACCCCAGCCGCACCUCGCCGGCCGCCCUCUCGCACCAUCUCUCGACGUACCGAUUCGCGACCGUUCUCUCGACCCUCUUUGGCGCUUCCAUCACCGUCUUCUGGCUGCUCACGUGGCGCGUGCCGCAGCGCGUCGUCGAUUAUGACUGGAUUCCCAUGACGUACCUCGUCGCGCUGGUCGCGCUCUUUGUCAUCCCGCUCAAGAACUUGCCGGGCAAUGGCCGCCGCCGGUUUCUCGCCACCCUGCGCCGCGUCAGCGUCGGUGGCAUCGCUGAGGCCCAGGACGGCAAGUUUGGCGACAUACUCCUGGCCGAUGUCCUGACCUCGUACGCCAAGGUCUGCGGCGACGUCUUUGUCACCAUUUGCAUGUUCUUUUCGCCCGGCGGCUCCUCGACAGAUCGCCCCAACAGGAACUGCGGCGGCAUUGUCAUUGUGCCGCUGCUCAUGGCCGUGCCGAGCAUCAUUCGCUUCCGGCAGUGCAUCAUCGAGUACCUGCGCGUGCGCAACGCGCCUUACCGAGAGUCGAGCGGCUGGGGUGGUCAGCAUCUGGCCAACGCGCUCAAAUACUCCACAGCAUUCCCCGUGCUCAUCACGAGCUCCAUGCAGCGCAGUGCCGAGGCGGCGGGCACACCUGCCCCAGGCCUGUACCGGGCAUGGUUGUUGGCCGUAACGGUUAACUCGCUUUACUCUUUUUACUGGGACGUGACCAAGGAUUGGGACCUGACGUUAUUCGAGCCCUCGAAGCGCCGCGAAGGGCUGCGAACGACCGCGUCGGUAGGCUACCCUUGGGGUCUCCGCGAAAAGCUCGUUUUCCGGCUGCCCAACCUCUACUACGCGGUGAUUGUGCUGGACCUCCUGCUCCGCUUCACGUGGUCAAUGAAGCUCAGCCCACACUUGGAUCGCUUCAGCAGCUGGGAGAGCGGCAUAUUCAUCAUUGAAUUCCUCGAGGUCUUUCGCCGUUGGGUGUGGAUCUUCUUCCGCACGGAGACAGAGUGGAUUCGUACCACCAGUUCGCCCGUGCUGGGCCUGGAUGAUGUGCUGCUGGGCGACUACCAGGAGCCCGGGGACGAGGACGACUUUUAA